CCCGGGUAACGCGAUAACAACUUGCCGGGAGCGGAAAGUGUUGGGUUAUUUGAAUGGCGGUAAUGAGGUAAAGAAGAGGAAGUUGAGAUUGAAAACGCGUUCCUAGCUGUGGAAGGGUCAUAAUAGAGAAAUACGUGUGAAGGGAAAACACGGUCCUAGCAUCCAUAAACCGCACUUCCGAAUGGCCUUUCCAACGAGAUGCAUCGAGCAAGAUGGUGCCCUUGCUGGUAAAUGAUCUGCCCAGUAACCCUAGGCUUUUAUUCUUUCACAUGGUGUUCAGGAUCCAACCAAAAGCUGUUGCAGAACCUCAUUGUGGAACAGUUUAAAGGCAACUACCUGUAGUGUUUGCUGAUGAGUUAUUGAAAUUAUUAAUAUGACCAAAGAUGGCAUCCUAUCUGGCACAAGAAAUUCAGCUUGCCAAGAGGCAUGAAGAAAUACUCUCUCAGAGAUUGGUGUUGCUUCAGCAGAUGGAGAGUCAUCUAAGAGACAAAGAAGCUGAGAAGGCAUGGCAAAUACAAGAAGCUGACGCAGCUCAUAAAAGAAAUGUAUUACUUUUAAAUGAUAUAGAGGCAGCAGCAAAAAGGCUACAAUCCAGAGAGCACUUGCUUCUACACCCUGAAACUGUUAACCUUGAAACUCUUUACUGGGCCAAAGUAGAAGAAUCCUUCCCUAAGUGGGAGCCAUUUUUUUUAGGCAGAACACAAGCUCCUAUUGGUGUUAAAAAAAAAUCACAUCAACAACAAAGCCGCACAUAAGAUCAGCACCAAGAUAAACUGGAAACAAAAAUGAAAUCAUGUCCAUGGGGGGAAUUUAUUCAAGCUUCAGAAUGAUGGAUCAUUAAAUAGUUCUUUUAAAUAUUUGUUGGAUAAGAUUAUCAAUUCUAAAUCUGCAUUGAAGAGUUCUUCCCCAAAGGCCUGUUACCUACAUGGAAGUGACUUUGAUGUCAAAUAUGAACAACACAGUGCAGGAUGAAAAACUCAGCUGUUCAAUUACUUAGUCAAGAUGAGAAAUAAUGUAAUCUGUUACUUGUCCUUCACUUUUGCUAUGGAGAGAUCCCUUUUCCCAAUAAAAGUGGUAGAGAAGUGGUAGAAAGUAUCAGUCUGGCUUACUGUCCCAUAAAAGGAUUUGCUUAAUGGGAGAGCAUGACACUUAUAGAAUAUUGAUAUCUGGCAUAUGCUUAAGGACUCAGUAGAAAAUCAGGUGAUGAAGACUCAAGCAGGACCCACUGAAUUUGCACAUUCUGCAGGUUAUUCUCCGUCAGAUUUGGUUUGUAAAUACAAGUUCUAUAGUUAAAGAUUACAGUGCUCUCUUAGAAUACUUCAGGUUGAAUCUAGCUUAUAAUUUGAUUUAACCAUAGGAUUUUAGAAUUAUCCAGCACUGACCUCAACUUUGUGCUUGGAAUCAAUUAUUAAUCAUGCAGAGCAGAGUCUCAUAUCAGAUCACAUUGUUUUGUGGAGAUAUUUUGACAAAACAAAUUAUUUAUGGCAAAUGUAUCUUGAAAUUAUUCACACAAGCCCUUCAUUUUAUACACAUUUCUGUAGCUGUUAGCAAGGGAAUAUACUUAACAAGUUAAUUUCUGUAUAUUCAUUUUGCACUGUGAACCGCAUUAAGAACAUGCAUUUCUUGUCAGGUGAACAUCUUGAAAAUGAUAACUGGUAGGUGGGAAGUGUGGAGGUCCUUAGAGCUAAAAUUUAAGGGAAGGAUAGGGUUCAUUUUUGUUUAGGGCUAGAGGCUUAAUCUGUACAAGAGUAAAUACUACCAAUAACAGAACUGUGUAAUUAAGCAGCACAUUGAUGCUUUCAAACUUUGGUGUUGGAGAAGACUCCGGAGAAUACUGCGGACAGCCAAGAAAAUAAACCAAUGGAUCAUCAAA